UUCCAGGGCGGCUCCCAUGAUUCAAACCAUCUUAUAGCCGGAGUGCGUGUGUGUUCGCAGUGUAUCCUAGUAGCUGUUCCAAUGAAAUGAAACGCAGAGGAGCGCUGGACCAUACCUGGCUCUAACCCUCAGCGAAAUCCACCCUCGCCCUCUUACUUCAUACACAGUGUUCGGCACUGCCUCCCCCGAGCUCCGGCCAUCUCUCCUCGUGUACCUUCAGCGCGGAGACGCGGGGGUCCAAGCUGAAGCCGGGACCUUCACUGAUUUCGGAUAGUUGUUAAACAAAUCGGGCUGUAGCGCGUCGGAGGCAGAAGCAUUGUUCAAGCAAUUGGAAUCAGCGGGCGAAAAUGAAUUACCUUCCCAUCCAGUUGAUAGUUUUGUUCUUGGGCAUGUCCUCUGCUCAGAGGCGAGUUGAGGUACAGCAAGGCCCCCUGAUCAGAGUGGAGGGGUACCAUGCAACCAUCUGGUGUAAUGUGUCUGGGUACUCGGGAUCCACGCAACAGAACUUUGAGUGGUCAAUCUAUCUGCCUUCGGCACCAGAGCGACAAAUCCAGAUGGUCAGCACCAAUGAUCCAAACUACUCCUAUGCAGUGUACGCAAAUAGAGUGCGGAAUAAGGAGGUCUACGUUGAGAGAAUUGACCGAGAUUCGGCCCUAUUGCACAUUACCAAGCUGCAACUGGGAGAUGCAGGGGAAUAUGAAUGUCACACCCCGAACACAGAAUCCACAUACUGGGGGUCCUACAAUGCCAAGGGGAAUCUGACAGUUAUUCCAGACACGCUCAGUGCCAUAUCUGUGCCCAAGACUCUGAAUAAAGUAGAAGGAGACUCACUGGAACUGGUCUGUGAAGUGUCUGAACAAACACCAUACCACACGCAUAUGGCCAUCACGUGGUACCUACAAAAGGGAGAUCACAGUCUCAAAGUCAUAUCUCUAACACGAGAUUUCAUUCUACGCUCUGGAGAGUCGUACAAGCAAAGACACGCAUCAGGUGAUGUACGGCUGGACAAGUUGGGAGCCAAUUCCUUCAAACUCACCAUCUACAGACUGCAAGCAUCUGAUCAAGGGGAUUUCUACUGUGAGGCAAGGCAGUGGAUCCAAGAUCCAGAUAAGUCCUGGUACACCAUAGCCUCCAAACGCACUGACAGAACGACUGUGAAUGUAAAAGCUACUGAUAAGAGCUUCAGUGUUCACUUGGAGAACAACAGGAAAGUCUUCACAGCUGGAGACAGCAUGGAAUUAAGAUGUGUCAUUCAAGCUCAAAAUAUACAGGACCGAUAUUUCUCAGUAUUGUGGAUUUAUAAUGGUACACAAAUUGCCAACAUUGGCCGCAAUGCUGUACCAACAAUCCAUGCUGACUACACAGUCAAAGAACGUUUGGGAUAUAUAAAGUUUGCAAAAGAAACCGAUACAACAUAUCUGCUGAAAAUCUACCAUGUUCAGCUGGAAGAUAGCGGAAAAUACCUUUGCCGGGCCACUGAGCAAGAGAGAACAGUGACAGGAGACUUCAUUGCCAGAGACACAAACAGAUCCAGUAAAAGUUUGAUCAUUGUUCAGCCUGUCAAAAGUAGUUUGGAUGUCACCGUUACCAGUAACACCACCAAGGUUUUGGAGGGUGAGAUGCUUCAGUUUUUCUGCAACAUCCAUUCACUAAUCAGAAAUCACAGUCGUCUCUCUGUCACCUGGCAGUUAAUAAGCAAACGGGGACAGGCCAGGGAUAUCAUCAGCCUGCACCAGGAUGGGACUCAAGUUACGAAUACGUUCUAUCAGAAGCGUGGCGCUAGCGGAGACCUCAGGUUGGUCAAACAGCAGCCAGGUUCCUUCAUGCUCCAACUCCACAACGCAGCAGUAUCAGAUGACGGAGUGUACGUUUGUACAGUGGCUGAGUGGAUCACAAAUAUGGUUGGAGACUGGCAGCGAAUUGGAAAACAAUCUGCUCGCACUGUAGCAGUGGUUACUCCCCUUGAAACUGGUUUCAGUGUUACUGCAAUAACGCGAACACCUUUGGUGAUCUACAACAACACGUUUGAACUCCAGUGUUUCAUCAAGCCUAACUAUCCACCUCGAGUGUUAGUAUCUGUAAAGUGGAAAUUCCAGCCUAAUGAAUCUUCCAACAGCUAUGACAUCAUCACAUUUGGCCGUGACACUUCUAUCACAUGGGGAGAGAAGGCAGCUCAUUUUAAAAGCAAAACCACGAUAAUAAAGACAUCGUCCAACAACAUCCGCCUGGCUGUCUCUAAAGCCAGUAACUUGGAGGCAGGAAAGUACGAAUGCAUCGCAGAACUGUGGCAUCAAAAUCAAAUGGACCGGUGGAUGAUGAAAAUCAGUAAAUCUUCAAAUAUUCUGGAGGUGAAGGUUAAACCUCCAGAUGGGAAAUUAAAAGUUAACCAACUAAACCGAAAUCUUGUGGUAAUUGAAAAUGACAACAUCCACUUAAGCUGUGUCAUCACUAAUCAAACAAGUCCAGACUCUCAAUUCUCUGUGCAAUGGUAUGUCAAGAAAUCACAGGAGAAAGAGAGCAAACUUAUUAUGAAAUCAAAUCGUGACUGUGUGUUUGAAUAUGGGAAUGAGCUGGGAAGUCACGAGAGGAAAGAGAGAAUGCAAGCUGCAAAACCCUCACGUGGCCAUUAUACUUUGGUCUUAUUCAAGACUGAUACCGCUGAUAGUGGCAAAUACUAUUGUCAUGUGGAGGAGUGGCUACUGAACCCCAAUAACAUCUGGUAUAAAGUCGGAGAGAACACAUCAGGAGUGACCUCUGUCACAGUCAAGCGACCAGAAAACAAUUUACAAACAGUCAAGACUGAAAGGAGUAUAUCUGUACCGGAGGAUGGUCAGAUUCAACUGAAUUGCAAAAUUAGCAAUCGUACCAAAUUGGAUUCCCAACUCUCCGUGGCCUGGUUUACCCAGAAAACCCCAGAGACAGAUAGCUAUCCUAUUUUCAGACUGAGUCGGAAUACUGUUUUUGAAUAUGCUAAUUCAAUGGAUAACAGUACAAGAUUGAAGGAUAGGCUACAGUUUGAAAAAUCUACCAAUGAUUUGUACAGUUUGAUACUUCAGAAAGCAACUAUUUCCGACACUGGAAGCUACUACUGUAAUGUGGAAGAGUGGCUGCUUGAUCCUAACGAUAGGUGGUAUAAACUGGGAGAAGAUCAAUCUGGAUUGACAACUGUCAUUGUACAACAGCCAGAAUUUAAGAUGCAAUUGGAUAAAGCAGAAUUGAACAUCAGUGUAUCAGAAAAGGACCUGUUCCAGCUCAGCUGCAAUAUAACCCAACAAACACAACAGAAUUCCCAAUUUGCUGUAUCCUGGUUUGCUUGGAAAGUCAAAAAGGAUACUGAUGGAAUUAUUAAGGAGACAAUUUUAAAAGUUGAUCAUAAUACCGUGUUUGGAUUUGAUACCUUAAUCGAUGGGGCUAAAGGAAUGAAGGACCGAUUGCAGUUCGAGAGGCCUUCCAACGGAUUGUACACCUUAACAAUACAGAAUGCUGGCAAAGGUGACACUGGAAAUUACUAUUGCAGCGUAGAGGAGUGGAUUCAAAAUGCCAACCACAUCUGGUACAAACUAGGAGAGGAUGAGUCCGGGCUGGUCACUAUCACUGUACAAAGCAAAGGUUCUUCUCUUCAGCAAGCAAUUUGUUCAAAUGAUGCCCUGUUUUACUUCAUAUUUUUCUAUCCCUUUCCAAUUUUUGGGGUCCUUCUUAUUGCUAUUUUACUAACGCGCUACAAGACUCUAAACUCACAGAAAAAGUCUGAUGCCAAAAAUGGUGUUCCAUUACUCUGGAUUAAAGAGCCAGCGGUGACUUAUUCCCCAACAAGUCUUGAACCACCGGAUUUCAGAAUAGGACCAGGAAGCAUCGCUUAACAGAAGGAAAAGAAAAGAAUUUUGGAUAGAAUGAUUUGACAUUCAGCUGAAAGAAUCAAGUUUGAACUAGUGGUGAAUAUUCACCACAGAAGAAAAUCUAAAUUUGAAAGCAAACUCCUCCAUCCAUGUACAGUGAGUGUACUUUCUAAAGGUCACUUGAUUGGGAAGUGGGGGAGAAAAGGCACAUAUAUUGUAAAAUGUUUGGCUCAAUUGGCCUCCAUCCCAAUAAGCCUGAAAGGAAUACUUGGUGUAGCUGGAAUGUUUAAUUUCACACUAAUGUCUUUAUCUGUGCCUAGAAAUGUAUUCCUGGUCGGUAGCGUUGAGUGCACUAUAUAUCAGCAAUAUUGUGUUGUGUGUGUUUUGCCUCUGAAAUUCGCUGAUGCAGAACACAGCAGUGUCCUAUUGCUGUUGUUUGGUGUGGCUACCACCAAUGACUUGAUGAAUUUUCUAGAUCUUUGCCAACUAUUCUCACUGCAUGAGCAUUUUCACAUUAGUCUGCUAUGUGUAAUAGAUCUGAUGUCAUAAAAACCAGACAAUCUACUAAAUAUUAAGAAUACAGAACUACAUGAUGGAGGGAAAAUAUUGAACUAUAAUCUAAAUUUGAGGAUUUUUUUCCCCAAAGCUUCAUGACUCUUAAUUUCCCCACUGGUCUGGUUAGCAAAUCUAAGAGUCAACAUUAUAUCCAAAGCAAGUCACAACUGGAGAGAUCGUUGUACAGCCAGACAUUUUGCUCAAUCAGCACAGCUUAGAAUAUUGAGCAAAAGAAGCAAUGGAAAACGAGUAUGAAGAUCAUGAAACCCAAGAGAAUCUGUAGAACUGAAGGCUCAUAGAUAUUGAGUCAGGCAAACUUCCAUGUUUGACGAAUGUCAAAUGACUAUGAUGUGCAAUAGAAAAAUCACAGAGGACACCUUGUGCAGGUGGUAAUGAUCAUCAGUGUCAUAAAUGCAGUGUGACUUACAUGAAGACAAUGUAACCCAAGUGCAAGAUGUGGGACAAUGAAAUUCCAUUCCUCUAGUGAAUACAGAUGAAGAUGAAGCAGAUUAUUAGUAGGUACAGCUAAUCGUUCUCGUUUAUGAAUUUUUUGAUACAGAAGUCAUAUGGAGCUGCAACUUUGUAGAAUGGAAAAUAGUCAUGCAGCUGAAUAACAUUUUUUUUAUACUUAAUUUCCUUUGCACUUUUUAAAAUAACUUUUUAUUCCAUGUAUGAACCAGAAUCAUUAUAAUUGCCUGUUUUGUUUCAAUAUUGUUCUUUGAAAGAGGACCAUUUGGUCAAGAGAAAUGGUUACAAAUCUGAACAAAUUACUUGCCCAACAUAGUUAAUUUUGUUGUCAGGAUAUUAGCCUUUGCAUAAAAACCUGCCAGUGUAAAUCACAGAGGAAUUUCCUCAACUUACUUACCUUGGAGAACCUUGAAAGAAACUGUAAUGCUCUGCUACAUCAGCAGAUCCUUUUCCAUGUACUGAGUCAAUCUUAUGCACAAUCUUGUAUAAUUACUUGUACACAAUUAAGAGAAUGAAAGUGGGGUUUAAUCAUCUAUGAAUUCUUUUUAAGGAUUUUUAUUUCCCACUAAAUUAAAAACAACAAUUUAUGGAUCACUAACAUAUGUAAGUUACACAGGACAACAAAUAAAACAAUAACAACAAAAAUCACUAAUAUUUAUGUGGGAAAACAGAAGUGGCUGGAGCUGGUUGCAGUAAGCAAGCAGGAGAAUACUUUGAUAAGAAAUAUUUUACCUCUGCAGUGACUGUCGAAACGAAAAUGCUUGUACCUCCAUGAAAAUGCUGGUUUGUAAGGUUUUCAAGUUGAAUAUGUUUAAUUUCAGACACCACAUAAUUUGAAUUGAUAGAUAAUUAUCCAGUCUUUAAUGAUUUGCAAGUUGUUUACCUGAAUGUCAUUGAGUGAGCUAAUCAGAACUGAAGCAAUUACUUUAUGGUUAGUUAGUCCAUAUUAUCAUAUACAAUAUACAUGUACUGAUCCCUGCACUAACAUUGACAACUCCCAGAUAUAAGUUCAUAGUAAAUCUUCAAUAUCUAGCAGUUCUAGCUUGUAUGCUAUUGCUGUCAUUACCAGGAUUUAAGAACAAAGGAGCAGACAUUCUGCUCUGGGCAAGACCAAUGAAAGCCUCAUACACUAUUUUGUUUCUUGUAAUAUUGGGUUUGUUCUUGUUUAGCUGUCAUCUUUCUGUACAUUAAGAGCACAGUCAGUUCAUGAAUAACAACAACAUUGGGUAACCAGCUGGUCUGCGGUUUCUUUGAAGCAGGUAUUAGAAUAUAUUUAUUUAGCAGAGUUGUUUCAUGAGAUGGCAUGACAUCCAAGUCUGAAGUCAAACCUGGGAUUCCUUGUCAGACUAAGGAUCUUCAAGCGAGAAUGUGAUCAAUGGAACAUAAUAUCUUUAUUAGCCAGAACUUCUAACCACUAACUUUCCUCGGGCAGUCCCCCAGAACUAACAGUAUUUCUUCUGCCUUGGUCCUGAGGGGUGGAAGUUGCCUAUAUGUGAAAUGUGAGGUGACCAUUGCUCACCAACCACCCCUUGAUAAAGUGUGGUUUUGGUUCAUUGCAAAGAGGUUAAUUGGAGAUUAAGCUUUGCUACAUAAAUUUAGCUGCAUGCACAUACCCACACAAACUCACCACUUUGCCCACCCCCCACUUGUACUUGGCCCUAAUCAUGCCACUUGAAGCCUGUGGCCUAACCCAGAAUCUCCAAGCAUCUCCCAGAAAAGGUGUUGACAGACUGCAAUCAGCAGGUGUCACUGCGGGUGGGUUAGCAGGUACUGGUAAAUGACUUAAUGGCAGGAACUUCUCAGCUUCCAUCAACACCCUAAGUUUUGGGGUAGGGGAUUAGUCUGUGACACGUUCACUUUAGUUGAGAGGUAUAUUGUCCCCAAUAUGGAUCUUCAGUUAGAGAAUUUUAAAAGAAAUGGGAAACUGGUUUCGGAGUUGAAUAGUGCAUUAACAAGGUGUAAUUGAGUACAUCUAUCGGUAGGGAAAUGUGAGUUGUGGUUUAUGACAUUGCCAUUUAAUUCUCUUUCACCCAACUCCUCCAAACUUAUUGAUGGAUUUAAAUCUGAAACCUGAGAUGUUCAUUGGGUUGAUUAUAUGAUUCCCUCUCCCAGCUAUGUUUACAUUGUAAUGUAACGUCAGGUUUAGCCUGCCUUGGUUUUCCAAACAAAAUCAACAGCCUUUGGUGUUAUGCUCUUAUAAACACGCUUAAGGAAAUUCGUAGCUUGAAAGUUGUUUCUGAUCCUGGACCAUCCAUUUUUUUUGAAUAAAUCAAUUGAUGCUUAAUGUCUUGUGCACUUAAAAUGGAGAGUGUGAUAGCUGAUAGAAAAUAACUUAGAAUAACUUGGUAAGUCAGCACAGGUUCUCUCCCAUUUCUGGGUUUCAGCAGGGUUCUGUUCCUGAGAACUGUCCAUAACCCGAACAGUUUUCAAUUUAGAAAAGCAGCUGGGAACAGAGUUCCCACAGGACAGAAGUGCAGUCGCCAGCAAAUUCAUCUCAGUGUCUUCCAAAUGUUUGUUCAUACGUAUUGCCUGUAUCCAAGUCAGGUAUUCAGAAGCUGCAGAGAAUCUGUACUGUUUAACAUAGCCGGGAGUCUGAAGUAAUGAUAGAAGAGUUAGUUUUAUUAUACAAUGUGCCACUAUUUUCCCUUAGGCAUUUUGAACAAUCUGAACUUAAUUUCAUAAAACAGAAUUACUUUUCCUAAUUAUAAAAGUCCAAUGAAACAUCUCAAUCUAUAAAAUGAUAAAACUUUAAUAAUAAAUUAGCUAUCAUCUAGAGUAAAUGUAUGAUCUUGUUUCAAUAACUGUUGAAGGUUUCCAUGACUUCAAAAAGAAAUGGUAUUUAUAUCUUUGCAGAGUUCACGAGUAAAAGAAAAACAAUUCUGACUGAGAACUGUAACAAUUUUCAAAGGAGCAACACAGUGACAUUUGUUAAUUUAAAAAAGUACAGAGAUGAGUCUAGAAAUAAUUGAAACAAUGCUGGAAUCUGGAAUCGAACCGGACUGGUUCAGGAAAAAUUUAGGUAGAAGAUCUUCUGAAAAGAAGUUUUGAAAAUUUGGAUUCGUGUUUCAUUUAGUGGUACAUAUAUAUGCAUAAGAGUAUUGGGGUAACAUUUCCAAAGUUUUAACCUAAGAUGUAUUUUGGGCAAGUUCAGCUUUAUCUUUAUAAGCAGGUCAAGAAAACAAGUAUAACUUUGCUGGAAUGACCUGCAGAGUCUAAUAGAGUGAAAUAAUUGUGGUAUUUGGGAACUGCAGCACUUGACACCAUAGAGGCUAUAAAUGAGUAAAGGAGCAAUAAAAUAUGCAUACCAGUUAAAUCUUGGCAGAUUAAGUUUAGAAGAACAUAGAACGCCCUGCGCUGCAGUCUACAACUUGAAAGCUCAAUAAGCAACUUCAAAAAGGAAAAGUAAUUGGGUCUCCUAUGGACCUUCAGUAAAUGCACAAAUAUUGCAGACUGGAUUGAAUAAUUGAAUAGGAAUAUUAAAAGAGUCUAUCUUUAAAUUUUGUGUUUGGCACUUCAUUGCACACUAGAAAAAUCCUAUAUUCAGCACUAUUGUGGCAAUACAAGUCUUGCAAGCAUACACUUUCAUUAAUAUUUAAAUGGAGGCAUUAUGUCAUGAAUGAUGUACGGCAUUCCCAUCAUCCCCUGCAGGGAAAUAGAUAUUGAAGGCACAAAUUGCAGGUGCAAGUUUUCCAAAGGCAGUAAUUAUUAACGUAUUUAAUAAACUUUUACUGCCUACCUAAGAAAAAAAACAGUUUUAUAAAAAUUGGAAAUAUAGACAAAUGUCCUCCAUUCAAAUAGAUUCUGCAAGUAGAACACAGAAAAUCAUAUUAGUUUUAACCAGUAAAUCUGGCCAGAAAGGGAACUGCCAUUCCACAGAACAAAAUAAAAACAAAAUAGUAUUCCACAUAAUAUAAAUCUAGAACAGAAAAUGAUCCACAAGUUCUCAGUUGUCUCCUUGAGAAUUGCCUAUGUAAUCAAAGUGGGUAGUCCACAUUGUUUGAGUAUGAUGCAGAAUUGCAAACCAAGUAUUACUGAACUAGAAUAUGUUGCACCUGUGUCAUUACAGUCAUAAAAUUUAAUAUUUUUUAUACAUCCUGCAAUACUUUGUUAUACCUCCCACUAUCCAAAUGCUCACCUAAUGAUUUCAAAAGUGUAUUUGAUUAUGUAUACCAUAUGACUGUUAGCUGAUCCUUUUCUCAUUGUGAUGUUUAUAUAGUUCUCCAAUUUGUCACAGACAGGGUUUUCCACUGACUCUUUGGAACAAACUAUAGGGUUCGAUUGCUAUCACUAAGGAAAAGUCCAAAGUUGAUUGGAAGGGAACAUUAGCAGAGAGGAUGGUAGAAUAGUAAUGGCAGGAGUUUCUGAGAGUGAUUUGGAAGUUGCAGGAUGAUUUCAUCUGAAAGAAGCAGCAGGUUUCUAAGGGAAGGAUGAGGAAACUGUGGCUGACAAAGUAAGGUUAGGGAGAGCAUAAAAGCAACAAAAGGACAUACAGUUUUGAAAAAUUAGUGGAAAAUUAGAGGAUAGGGAUGCUUUUACAAACCAACAGAAGGCAACUAAGAAAACAGUAAUGGGUGAAAAGCUGAACUAUGAAGCUAAGCCAGCCAAGAAUAUAAAAAGGAUACCAAAGGUUUCAUCAGAUAUACUAUUUGAAGACUAAAAGAGAGACAGGAGUGGACAUAGGACCACUGGAAAGUGACACUGAAGACGUAGUAAAGGGGAACAAAGAAAUGGCAGGAAAAACUGAAUAAGCAUUUUGCAUCUAUCUUCGUUGUGGAAGUCACCAGCAACGUGCCAGAACUUCAAGAAAGUCAGUUGUGGUGUGAGGGGAGUAGAUGUGUUUGUUGUUGUUAGUAAUGAGGAGAAGGUGCUUGGGAAGCUGAAAGUUCCAAAUAAAUCAUCUGAGGCAGAUGGACUGUACUGCAGGGUCCUGAAAGAGGUGGCUGAAGAGAUUGCAGAGGCAUUAGUAGUGAUCUUUCAAGAAUCACUGGAUUCUGGGAUGGUUCAAGAAGAAACACAAAUGCCAUUCCAAUCUUUAAAUAGGGCCAGAGGCAAAAAAUAGAAAAUUAUAGGUCAGUUAGCCUGACUUCAGUGGCAGGUAAGAUUUUUUAAAGCUAUUAUUAAGAGUGUGGAUUUGGGGGGACUUGGAAGUACAUGACAAAAUAGGCCAAACUCCGGAUAGUUUCCUAAAUAGGAGGGUUUUCCCGACAAAUCUGUUUGAAUUUUUUGAGUAAGUAGCAAGCAGGGUAGAUAAAGGAGUUCAGUGGAUUUUGUUCACAUGGAUUUUCAGAAGGCUUUUGAUAAGGUGCCACACAUCAGGCUACUAAACUGUUUCGGAGCCAAGAGUAUUACUGAGUUGAAUUCCACUAGCUAGGAUAGCUGAUUGGCGGAAAGCAGAAUGAGAAUAAAGGGGCCUUUACUCAUUGGCUGCUGUUGACUGGUGCUGCUCUGCAGAGACUGGUGUUUCUGCUGCUUUUCAGAUUUUAUAUUAAUGAUCUGGAUGAUGGACUUGAUGGCUUUUUGGCCAAGUUUGGAGAAUGAGUUGAAGAUAGAUGGCGGGACAGGUAGUAUUGAGUCUGCAAAGCAACCGGACAAGUUGAGAAAAUGGUCAAGAAGUGGCACAUGGAAUACAAUUUAUGGAAGUGUAUGGUCAUGCCCUUUAGAAGAAAUAAAGGCAUAGACUAUUUCCUAAUUGGGGAGAGAAUUAAGAAAUCAGAGGUUCGGGAUUCUCUAAAGGUUAACAUGCUGGUUGAGUUGGUAGUAAGGAAGUCAAAUAUAAUGUUGGCAUUCAUUUCAAGAGGACUAGAAUGUAAAAGCAAGGGUGUAAUACUGAGGAUUUAUAAACCAGACUUGGAGUAUUGUGAGCAGUUUUGGAGCCAAUAUCUGAGGACAGAUGUGCUGCCAUUGGAGAGUGUUUAGAGGAGGCUACUAAAAAUGAUACCAGGGAUGAAAGUGUUAACAUAUAAGGAGCAUUUUGUAGCUCUCAGACUGUGCACCCUGAAGCUCAGAUGAAUGGGGUGGGGUGAGGGGAGUAGCUUUUAUUGAAGCCUACCCCAUAUUGAACCACUUGAAUAUAGAAUAGAUGUGCAAACAAUGUUUCCAAUACUGAGAGAGUCUAGGACCAGAGGCACAGCCCUCAAUAAAAGAUGCCCCUUUCGAGUAGGAACAAGGAGGAAUUUCUUUAGCCAGAGGGUGGUGAAUCUGUGGCAUUUAUUGUCACAGAUGGCUGUGGAGGCCAAGUCAUUGGGUAUAUUUAAAGCAGAGGCUCAUAGUUUCUUGAUUAGUAAAGGUUACGGGGUUAAGGCAGGAAAAUGGGGUUGAGGGUCAAAAGUAAACCAGGCAUGAAUAAAUGACAGAGAAAACUCAAUGUGCCUUUUGGCCUAAUUCUGCUCCUAUGAAACUGCUAAAUGAAGCCACAUCAAGGAGUCGGCCUUCUUGUCUGCCAUGUUUCCUUUCUGAGGUAAGGUUUGCUCAUUACCAUAGGCGACCUUUAAUUUGCAGAAUUGUACACAGCAGAGAGGUGUUAUUUUAACCAUAAUUUCUUAUUACUUUUUUAAAGCUGUCUAGUUUAUUCCGAAAUCUAUUUCUGUUUCUCUUUCUAUUACUCAUGGUGGUGUACAAUUCAACUUUGAAAGUUACCAUAUCAAAAUAAAAUUUCAUCUCUCCCACUUCUGCUUAAAUCUAUGUGCUUUAGUUAUUCACUUGAUGGAAAUGGGGGGCGGGGUGUUCAUUAUAGAUUCUACCUUUGAGUCACAGAUCACCACAGCAUGAAACAGGACCUUCAGCCCAUCUAGUCUGUGCCAAACCAUUAUUUUACCUAGUCCAUUGAUUGGCCCCUGGGCUGUAACCCUGCACAAUCCUCCCUUCCAUGUACUUAUUCAAAUUUCUCUUACAUAUUGCAAUCAAACCCACAUUCAUCACUUGACUGGCAGCUCGUUCCACACUCGCACCACCCACUGAGCAAAGAUGUUCCCAAACCAACUUGUUUUAAAUAUCAUGUAAUUUGGGAAGAGUUGAUGAGCUAGCUGAGAGAUUUCAGAUUUUUUGCUGGAAUUUACAAUUAUCUUUCACAUCAGUGCCAUUCAAGAAUGACUUCAAAUUUUUUGUGCAAAUCAAAUGAUUUUUCUAGACAAAAUUUUAAAAGAGGAUUUAAAUGGUAGUUAUACAUUUGAAGCUACUUUGUCAUUAAAUAUUUUCAGUUGAAGUCUCAGUCUUCUAGUUCUCCCGUCAGCUGAAACACAAGCUGUAGGAUUAACUAACAUGUUUAUCUGGAAAAGUGGAGAAGGGGUGGUUGAUCAGCUAUGCAGAGUUAAAGGGCUGAAUGACUUACUCCUGAUCCUAUUAUGUAUUGAGAGAUGCAUUAAGUCUCACUCCAAUCCUCUAUAAAUCUGAAUUUCAAAGAGGCAAUAAGUUGUACGUUAAUAGGCUUGCUAAAUUGUAAUUAAAUGCAUCCUUAAAGUUAAAAUCAAAUUUGACACUUUGAAACUGGAUGUUUUGUGAAUACAUCUUUCAGCAUCAGUUACCUAUCCUAGUAAGUGCAUUAAAUACUAAAUAGCAUUAAAUACUAAAUAGCAUCUUUCUAUCAGUUUGUGAGUGUAUUUAAUACAGAGUGAUCAAAGGGUACUUUGUUGGUAUGGAUAGUUCUGCUGAAGGCUCAGUACUAUAUUAGUGAGGGUUAGCCUCAAUUUACAGUGCAGUUAUCAACUUUGAUUUCUGCCCACCUCAUCCUUAAUUGCCCAAGUACAAUGUUUGAACAGUCACUGGAGAGAAACAGGCAUGAAUCUAAUGGAUAACAAUAUGAAUUAUUCACCUCGUUUGUCAUUGGAUCCAGGGAGUAAACAGAUCAUUACAAGAAUAAUCAGUUUUCUCUAAAAUUGGCUCCAUUGAAUGAUGUCUCCUGUGUGUUAUAAACUUUCUCCUGGCAUGCAACUUAAAAUGUAUGUUUGAAUUUAAGUGGUAUGUAUUCUAUUUUGCUUCUUUCAGGAUUUCUUUCAUCUUUGGAAAUUUUGACCAGCCCAAAGGUUCUGUUCACUUUUGUCAUAAUUACAUUAAACUAUCUGAUUAAUUUAGUAAAUUUGUAUUGUUGUCACUGAUCAAAAUUGUUGCACUUUGUAACUAUAGUGAUGGCAUUUCUGAAAUGAACUUGUACUCCCUGCACUGCCUUCAGUUAGAGGCAUUACACAUGAAGUGACCCUCCUGGUUUGAAGUCUUACAGUCCAGAUCAUGGAUAACGUACUCUACAAUAUUAAAAUUAACUGGUGAGUAAAAGUGUCACACAACCAGCCUAAUGUACCAGCUUUUUGCUGGGCGGGCAAUUAUUUUGGCAUGGCCUCCUAUUUAGUUAACCUGAUGCUAAAUUUCACAUUGUGAGGUGGAAUCUUUACUUCAAUCCAUGAUCACAAACAUUUUUGUACUGUUUGCACUGUAAUAUGUACUCGCUGUAAUCUAGAACUCCUGUAAUAAAUGGGCACUUCGGUCGGAAUGUAAAACGUAGCUUAUCAUGUUGGGAUAUUCCCAAUUUUGACAUUGUUUGAAUGAACAUCCUAUUUUAGAUAUUUUCCAUGUAUCAAUAGUGCAUGAUACUGCUGGAUUUAAUUUGUGAUAUGAGUGUCCAAUGUGAAUUUUAAAAUGUGAUGCGCUUUGUUUGAAAUCUCUUGUUAUUUAGGUGUUAAUAAAAUGAUGGUUCUUGAGAAGAUUUGUUAUG